AUGACAAACCCACCGGCUAACGCCCAUCCCAACUACAGGGUACGGGGCUCGCGGGGAAAGGUACAUAAAGGGUAAAAGGAGAGAUGGAUAGCUCGGAGUAGCACCCUGCCAGUUAAUAAUAUAUCUCAGUCCCCUUGUUUGGCGAAACCAGCGAAUCAAAGACUCGGAUCUAGGCGUUAUAGAGUUUUCGCAAAUAUGAUCUGCAUGACAGGAACCCGAGCUAUCCACCUUGACCCAUAUGUCCACUUCUUCAAUAGAAAUAGUGGAGUGGGUGACUAGCCCAUAAGCGCGGUACGAUACCCUUGAAAAGAUCCCUGGUCAAACCUCUUCAGGGGUAUAUACAAGCCACAGGGGCACGCAGACAAGGGCAGUGGACAAGCACAAGGAACCUCAACCCCCUCAAACAAACUCGAAAACAGAACAAAGAGGAACAGGAAAAUCAAGGAAAGAGAUGGGAAGGCCAACUAACCAACAUCGCACCCCCUCAGAUCAAUCAAUCCUUCCGCUCCAAGCGCUCUCAAUGCGUCACCAGUCCAGAUAACGCAGUCGUAACCCCCCAACACCGGGUUUCCCUUUGGUGAGUAUCCAUAAGCCAACUUUCUCUCUGCUCUUCCCAUAGGAACGCUUUCGAGAACGCCUUGAAUCCCAUUGAAAAGGUCGACCAAGUUGGCGGUAGAGUUAGGAUCCAUGCUUUGAAUUUUAUAGAGAAGAACCAGGGAUUGAGACGUGGAGAUGUCUUUAAUGGUUCUUUUCUCAAGCACCCAGGCGGAGUCCUGCUCUUUCCAUGUGGCAUGGAAAAGGGUUCCGCUCGUGGUGGGGUGCGUGUCGCCGUGACGGGAAGUGGAGGGUGA